AAAUAUCGAAUAGUCGCUCCAAAUUCUAACACCUUGUAAACAAACCUUCUGAAGCUGUCACAAAAAGUGAGGUUAGGACGUUCCAUACAAUGAUCUAUUGUUUGGUGUGAAUUCGGUUUAGGUUCUCAAUGCAAGCGGUGUUUUCUUUAAUUUAGUGUCUAACCAAACCAUUACUGUGUGAUUUCAACAUCAUGUCUCGUCAGGAUUUCGAAAUGCAAACCUAUGAACGAUGUUCCCCUGAAGAUGUCCGUCGCCUCGCAUACGAAUAUGCCUCGCACCUCGGAAUCAAAGUGCCUGCCGCGUGGGAAAGAGAUAAAAUGGCCGGGAAAACUUGGUUUACUAAUUUCCUGAAGAGAAGUUCUGAGCGGUCCAUUAGGAAUCCGGAAGCAACUGGUCUUGGUCGAGCAAUGUUAGUCAACUUGAAGAAUGCCACGACAGAAGGAAGGAGGAAGAGAAAGGCAGCUAUUCUGACCAAUAUUCCAGGGAAAAGCACACUGGCAAUAGAGCAAGUCAAAUCUGUUAGAUGUCAACCGCAAACAAAAGCUAAAACAGAUACCAACAGGAAACGCAAUAAGGUGUGUCUAAUGUGCAACGAGGCUUUUCGACAGGGUCAACCGAUGAAAAAGAGGAUUCAAUGCAACACAUGUGAACAAUGGGCUCAUCAGAAAUGUAUUCCACCCGAUAAUGCCAUCUUUAUUUGCACACGUUGUACGAGCAUUGGCUAGUGAUGGUGGUUUUUCAAUAGAAGGAAUCCUGAGAUCCUGUUAAAAACAACAUUGGAUUACCUUUUGUACCUGUUUCAUUAUAAACUGUUAUACUUUUCUUAAAGAUUAAAUAUAAAUGUAUUCAAUGUGCAUUAUUUGGAAAAAUAACUGAAUAAUCCUUUCGCAACACAAAUGA